AUGGCGACCCGUAUCCAAUUCGAAAACCACAGCGAUAUCGGCGUGUUCUCCAAACUCACCAACGCCUACUGCCUCGUUGCCAUCCAGGGCAGCACCAACUUCUACUCCGCCUUCGAGAGCGAGCUCGGCGAUGUCGUCCCCAUCGUCCACACGAGCAUCGGUGGAACGCGAAUCGUGGGCCGCCUGACAGCCGGCAAUCGCCACGGCCUCCUUGUUCCGUCCACCACGACCGACCAGGAGCUGCAGCAUCUGCGCAACUCCCUGCCCGACGCGGUGGCCAUCCAGCGGGUCGAGGAGCGGCUGUCCGCGCUGGGCAAUGUGAUCGCCUGCAACGACCACGUGGCGCUCGUGCACCCCGACAUCGACCGCGAGACCGAGGAGAUCAUCGCGGACGUCCUCAAGGUCGAGGUCUUCCGCCAGACCGUCGCGGACAACGUGCUCGUGGGCAGCUACUGCGCGAUAACGAACCAGGGCGGGCUCGUCCACCCCAAAACAAGCGUGCAGGACCAGGACGAGCUCAGCAGCCUGCUCCAGGUCCCGCUCGUCGCCGGCACCGUCAACCGCGGCUCGGACGUCAUCGGCGCGGGGCUCGUCGUGAACGACUGGUGUGCAUUCACCGGUCUCGAGACGACCGCCACGGAAAUCAGCGUCAUCGAGGCCACAUUCAAACUGCAAGGUCAAGACUCGACCAAAAUCAUCGGCGAGAUGCGGGAUGCGCUCAUCGACAAUUGGGCAUAG